UUCGUGACUUCUGUACCGUACAACGGCAGCUCUCCCUUCAAAACAUCUCCGCCCCUCAACUUUCAGCAUGAGCCACUCCCAUCAGCGUCGGGGUCCUGCAGACAUAAUCACCUACCGCUAUAAGGAGCGCCUUGUCUACGUCACGCCUGAAAAAGACUAUCAGGCCGCGGUCGAUAUGGCCAUCCAGGAAUACGCCGAAGAACUUGCCGGAGUUCCACGUGAGAGCAUCUACUUCUACACGAUGGCAAACAUGGACGGUCAACGACGCGCGGUGCGCAUCGGACGCUCCGCGUGGCCAAGAGCCAUGGAGAAGCUGGUGCGCGGGGAGGUCGUUGAUAUCGCUGUCCGGCCGCACACCCGAGACGCGGUGUAUGGUCUCAUUGAGGACGCCACUGCAUCGCAGCCACCGCCUCAAUACCUGCAAGUGCCCGGGGCACGCGAGUCAGGCCGCUCGCGUAGCCCUAGCCCGACACCGAGUGAGCGCUCAUUCUUCAGGAGGUUCUUCGGCUUUGGCAUGACGCCGGAGUCAUCUCGCUCGAGUUCGCCGUGCGGGCAUACACUGUCGGAGAAGGACGGUGCUUGAAAGACACCGUCGAUGGACUGAAAACAACGACUUUCUUACGCAUCUUUACGCAUGAGUUUGCGCCCUCCUUUGUCGCUGCUCGCGCUUGGGACGCAGAUGGAUGGAUACUAUUCAACGUACUCUGUUUAUUUAUCUACUACUGUAUAUAUCCUCUCCAGUACUGCUAGAUAGACGCCUGGGUGUCCUCUGCAUUGUAAGCUAUGCACAUCGUUCUGUCUACCCUCUCUAUACCACAGAAACAUCCGUUUCAGCACUCUAAGCUAAAUCACACCGUUCGUCACAUUGUUAUACCAAAGAGGUAAUCUCUAUCGCCGAUACAGCAUG